UGUUGCUGUUCAAAACUUGCUGUGUCUAAGCGUUAAGCACUGAAGCGUUUGAUUUAAAAAAAAAAAAAAAGGCAAAAUAUGCAUUAAAAUGAGGGAGAGAAUUGCAAGGGGCAUUGGUGCAAUGCAUUGGGACUAGCUGUAUGGGGCAGGUGGGUGACAUCAGUGUUAAGAAAGAAGUGUUGAGGUAACAGCUGCUCUGCCUUCCAGGAGAUUGGAGGGGGACUCCGCUGACGUCCUCUGAAUCUCCCUCAAGGAGAAACGCGCAUAUCGACAUAAACAAGUAGGGCGCCUUGGAUCCACGCUGGUUGCUUUCGUGGAAAUGUGUUUUGACGUUUUGCUGCCUGCAUCCAGCGUACAGACAGGCGCGUGCGUUUUGAUAUCCUCGAUGCAUUCUCUUCCCAUCAUCCAUGUUUCUGGAUAUACAGCCAUAAUAACAACAACAACUUCAUCAUCACAGUGAAGGUGAUGAAACUGGUGGUGAAAUGUUUAGAACCGAGAGACUGUUUGAGAAAAUAUGCAUGCUCUUGAUGUGUGAAGGGCAAGGAGGAGACGGAGAAUGCGGGUGGGUAAUGUGGCGUUGAUCAUGCGACUUCGGCCAGGCUGCCGCUCUCGAGAAUCCGUAUCGGGACCAGCGGCGGAUGGGGUGACUUACCCGCAGGGGAAGACCCGGACGAGGGCCGCCACAUCGUGAAGCGCCCCCCCGGCCAUCCCCGGGGUGUCUCCGCGGGGCAAGAGGGACGGAGGGAAGAUGCAGGAGGCGACAGCAGAUGCAGAGGAACCCAUUCUGAACGGAGCUGGGAGGGAAGAGCAGCGUCCGGUGAAGCAGUCCUUGGCUGCCUCUCUGUGUCGAGAGUCUCACUGGAAGUGUCUUCUCCUCACUCUGCUCAUGUACGGCUGUUUUGGCACACUGGCCUGGUGCAAGCUGUGUAAAGUUCCAGUGCUAGCUCCGACAGAGCCCGAGGCUGCGGUUGUGGAGCCUGGAGACCCCUCUACGACCUCAGCUAGUUCUAAUGUCUACAUCCCUCUAGAAGUGGAUCUGGAUAGUCCCUGUUCCAGUGGCUACAUUUAUAUUCCUCUCGCUUUCCUGGCCAUGCUGUAUGUGGUCUACCUGGUGGAAUGCUGGCACUGCUACUCCAAGACGGCCAUGUUGGCCCAAGCAGAGGUUGCGGAGGUGUACGAGCGUGUGCAGAGGCUGCAGCAAGCAACGCCGUGCAUCUGGUGGAAGGCCAUCAGUUACCACUACGUGCGACGGACAAGACAGGUGACACGCUAUCGCAACGGUGACGCCUAUACCACAACGCAAGUGUAUCAUGAGCGUGUAAACACGCAUGCGGCGAGCUCGGAGUUUGACUAUGCGAGGUAUGGCGUCAAAGACGUUUCCAAGGAGUUAAGGGGCCUAAUGGAUCAUCCAGCAGUACGGUUGCGCUUCACAAAAUGCUUUAGUUUUGCUAGUGCCCGAGCGGAGGCUGCCUACCUGACCCAGCGUGCACGUUUUUUUGGUGAAAACGAAGGACUUGAUGAUUACAUGGAGGCACGGGAGGGAAUGCAUUUGAAGAAUGUGGAUUUCCGUGAGCACAUCCUGGCUUUCCCAGACCCGGCCAGACAGCCCUGGUAUGCCAGGCGUAAAGUUUUCUGGCUGGCCUCGGCUCUGCUCUUGUCCUGGCCGCUUCGGGUUGUUGCGGAGUAUCGCACUGCGUAUGUGCACUACCACGUAGAGAAACUGUUUGGCGAUGCUGAUGAAAACAAUAGUGGUGAUGUAACUGAGAACAGUGGGGGCAACGAGAAUGGAAACGGACCUGGACCCGGCAGUGGUUCGAGCUAUCGUGCCAUUUCACGAGUCAAUACGGUGGACAUGACAGAGCUGGAGUGGCACAUUCGCUGCAACCAGCAGAUGGUGCCCAGCUACUCUGAGGCCCUGUUGAUGGAUCCCGGUUCGGGCGCCAACCAAGGUACCAACACUCCUCCAGCCGGGCAGGGGACGAACUCGACAGCGGGUGGCCCAUCUUAUCCAGUGGCCUUCACUUCGGCUUACUUGCUCCAGAACUGUCCUCGUUGCCGCCGCACCACAAGCAGCGCUUCCCUGCCCUCCCGGUUGAGAGGCCCGACUUCAACCCUACUGAGUGGAACCAUGGCUGGGAUGAGAGCUAGUGCAUCAGGAGGUGGUCCUGGAGGCCCAGGGCGACUGGUUCUGAGCAGGAGUGGCUUCUCAUUAGGGCGGCUCCAGGCUCCUCGCCCGUCAUCCCUCUUCCACUCCCGAAGUGUAGGUGGAGGACUAGCAGCAAGAGGAGAAGAGCCAAGUGGAGGAGGUGGUUUCUUAGGUUUGGGAGCUAGACAAGACGAAGAGAGCAGAAGAGUGCUGGAGGGAGAGGGUGAGGAGGAUGAGGAGGUGGCAAAUGUGGAAAGAGAAGAAGAAGGUGAGAGAGAUGGGGAGGAAAGAGAGCAACAAGAGGAUGCAGAAGAAGAGGAAGCAAGGGAAGGAGACAGACCUCCUACAUAUCAGGAUGCCUUUUUCUUCCCAGUGUUGAUUGUGCAUGGAGAGGAGAGUUGCCAUUCAGGUGAGGACAUUUCCUGAAGAAAAGACACCAAAUCCCUAACAAAACGUGCAUUGAAGUGUCAUGACCAUAUACAAUGUGAAGAAAGAAAUUUGUCAAUUGACCCUUCACUAAGCUCCACCCCCUUUGGUCACUGUAGCUAACUCAGACAAACUUUAGUUUUUUUAAAUUAUGUUUCGUGAGUAAAAAAAAAGGUGCUGGAGGUGCUGAGGUGAAUGCUAAUCACAGGAAACUGAAGAGACAUCUCAUUUGUAAGAGAUGAAUUGAUACAUAUGUUUAAUGAUCUGGAAAAUAAUAAAAUGCAGUUUGUGCUGCUAUUAUAAGUGACCUGACAACAAUGUUAUUACCAUAAUUUCUGUAAAACUGCAUUUAAAACUAUCCAAUCACACAGCUCCUCUAUAGAAUUUCAUUAGAAAUGUGUAAAAGCUUGUCUGAGAAAAAAAUGGCAAAAAAAAAAAUGGCAACAGCUGCCAAAGCGGGAUUGGUAGGUCAAGUUUUUAAGGCAACGCUUAGAGAAGAGUCAGUUGGUUAAGUUUAAGACCAAUCUGAGAACGAGAAUGCAUAAAUUGAUCAAGAAAGAUGUCAGACACCUCUUGUAAACAAUGACUGACGUUAAUAUAAACUUAUCUAUGCAAUAAAGAAAUAGCAAGAGAGUGUUUGUAAGGGGAUACACAACAAAAGAAGAGCUUCCAAUAUACCGCUCCUCCUCUGGUCAUGAAGCAAAAAGCACCAAAAGACAUACUACUGAAAGACAAGACCAUUGGAAAGCCUUCCAAAGAUCAUGAAGAGAACAGAGCAGUUCAUCAAGGGGAAUGUUAUUAAUCUAUAUAUAGCUGUGUCCCACAUGUCAAAAAAAAGUUUUGUUUUAUAAAAAAAAAGAGAGAAGAACCUCAUAAACUUGCACAAAAUGUUGGGAUUCAGCUUCUCGAGAUUUCAUUGUAACUGUUUAUUUUUUUCUUUCAAAAUUCCCUCACUGCAUCUCCUGUUCUUAUGAAAUGGAUAUUUGAUGAAACUAAUAGAGUCCAUUAUGGUUUCAGGGAGUAUAAUCAUAUUAAUUCUGUUUUCUUGCAGCUUCAUUGAGCGUAUUUUCUUUCUGCAGGCUUGCAAGUCCCAGUAACAUGUUUUGGUUUGCUUAUCAAAAAACUAGUAAAAGUAUAUGGAGAUAUUUUCCUCAGCUAAAACUACAGCGCUUAAUCUUGCACUUGUGAGGUGCUGUAAUCUCCUUGUGUUCUCUGUAUGUAUUUUAUAUUUGUUUGUUAGUCAAUAAUUGUUUAUUUGUACAACAGCGUAUCACCAACUUUGCCUCAUGAAGAGUUUGAGACAGAAGAGCACCUCACAGACAUAAAUAAUGGUACAGCAUGUUGCCCUCCA